CCUGCAAAAUGCGUUUCGUCGCUUUGUUGUGUUUGGGGUUCGUCCUUGUCGUUGCGGACGACCAAGUGCAAAACAAAGUGACCAAGUUAUUGGCAACAAACGAAGAAUCUAAGCCAGAGACCGAAGCACUCCAAGACGCAGCAAAACAAGAAAAAUCUCCGACCAACUUGGCUGAAACUCAAGAUUCCCCAACACCGAUAGAAAAUGCAGAAGCUGAUGGUGAAGAAUUUACAAGGAAGAAAAAAUCCGCAACGACUACAUUCUGUGUGGAGAUCAGGCCCAACGAUCCCUACCAAAAGCCGUACCAGGUUUGCGAAUCGGAAGCGAAAUCGUAUGGAGGCGCCGCUCAAUCCUACCAAGCUCCCGCACCGAGUUACUACCCAUCUCCGUAUUCACCGAAAUCUGCACCCUACCCGGCACCCGCCUACUCGUCACCCGCAGAACCUAGCUACAAUUCUGGAUCUGGGUCAUCAUUCACGAAGGGCUACGCGUCCGCAAAGAAUUCUUAUUCUCCACCAUCGUACGGACCUCCGAAAGUCGCCCAUGGAUCGCACAGUUCAUCGAGCUACAAUCCACCACAUAAGCCUUAUCCGGCACCCGAGGCAUCAUAUGGAGGAUCGUCGGGUUCUCAUUCUUCUUACCGGUCCGAUAGUGAUGCAGAACUAGAACAGGACAUCUCAGGGGAGCAACAUGAAUUUGGCAACAUGCGAUCAUCAGGAUACGACGACGAUUAUUACGGAUCUGAUUAUGGUGGCAGUUACGGAGGUGGAUACGGACAUUCUCCCGGCGGGCAUGGCGGCGGCUAUGGAUACGCUGGAUAUACUUCAAGCGUCCCAGGUUAUGGCAGUGGAUAUGGAUAUGGUUAUGGAAGAUCUUAUUCUGGACCGUCGUCGGGUCAUGCUAAACCGAAACCCACGGCCCACAAUGCACCCACAUAUGGUGAAGAGUCAUCCUAUGGGUCUUCUGCGUAUGGAGAACCUUCAAGUUACGGAGGAUACAGUGUACCUGCUCCCUCACAUUCCGCGUACUCAUAUGGAUCAAAGGCACCUGUCUACGGCUCAUCUUCAUAUGGUGGUUCAUCGUACAGCGUGCCAUCUUACGUAUCCCCGGCACCAGCACCGUCGCACUAUGGAUCAAAACCACUAUAUGGUGGUAAAGGCAUGUCACAUGGAUCGUCAUACGCCCCUUCCGCAAGUUAUGAAGGGUCCUCGUAUAUCGCGGUCGAACCUGAGUAUGGUAUCAGCUCCUCAUAUGGCAGUCCGUAUUACGGCGUCAAAAAGGGAUAUGGUUCUUCCUACAGCAAGCCUAGUUAUGGUGGAUAUGGUGCGGCAUACGCACCAUCAAAGUUACAUGGUGGAUAUGCGCCUUCCAAAUCUUACGGAGGACACACUGCUCCAGCAUAUGGUGGAUAUUCAUACAGCGCUCCGGCAUAUGGUGGGUCUUCGUACAGCGCUCCAGCAUAUGGUGGGUCUUCGUACAGCGCUCCGGCAUAUGGGGCGUCCUCGUACAGCGCUCCGGCAUAUGGUGGAUCUUUGUAUAGCGCUUCUGCACAUGGUGGAUCUUCGUACACCGCUCCAGCAUAUGGUGGAUCCUCGUACAGCGCUCCCGCGUAUGGUGGAUCCACGUACAGCGCUCCGGCAUAUGGUGCUCCGGCGUAUGGUUCACAUUCAUACAGCUCGUACAGCGCACCAGCAUAUGGUGGAUCAUCAUACAGUGCUCCAGCCUCUUACGCCAAGCCAAGUUAUGGUGUUUCGUACAGCAAACCAGCCUAUUCAUCGUACAGCUCGGUGACAACUUACAAGGCACCUGCGCCUGCCUACAGCGCCCCUGCUGCGGAUGAAGAAUCAUCUGAUUAUGGAUCGUCUUACAGUGCUCCAGCCUCAUAUGGAUACACCAAGCCCAGCUACGGUGCUUCAUACAGCAAACCAGCCUACUCGUAUAGUUCUCCAACAGCCUACAAGAUUCCUGCACCUGCAUACAGCGCUCCCGCUGCAUAUGGAGAAUCAUCCGACUACGCCCCCGUUCCAAGUUACGCUGCACCGGCUCCUUCCUACGAGCCAUCCUACGAAAGCUCAUACGCAUCACCUGCUCCCGCGCCCUCAUACAACGCACCGGCAUACUCAGCAUACAGUUCCCCAGCACCAGCUCAUUCCUCUGGGCCCGCCCCAUACGGUGCACCAGAAUAUUACCGAUCCGCAGACCACAAAGAUAAGUCUUCCAAAGACAUCGCACACAAAGAUGGGUCGGGGUUUAUGAAAGAGCCCAAGGAUCAUCAACCUCACCACGCGAAGGACGUACCAAGACCCCGAGGGCCACACCAUCAUCCCAUGGGAGAGCACGAGACAGAAACUGCCAGUCCAUCCACAUUAGGUCAUAACGUCCAUUCCAAUCAACACACCCACAUUCACCUAUCAACGAACUCCAAGGGAGACAAACACGACCAUACAGAUCACCACAGGAAACAAAAGACUGGGGAAACUGGUCCCGACAAUCAUAAAUCAAGUGGCGGAUGGGACAUUUCGGCGCGUUCCUCUGAGCAACCGUCCAAAACUUCCGUGCCCGAAAAAGCGGCGGCGCCGAGUGGAACUUGGAACGCGAGAGAAUCCGAACAUGACAAAAUUGUGGGCAUGCCCUUCCUGUUCAGCGGAGGCUGGAACCAAGAUCCGCUAACGGCGAGUGGCGGAUGGAAUCAAGAAAUGGCAGCAAGAAACGUCGAACUUAGUCCAAGCGGAGGUUGGGCUUCGAGAACCGUAGAAAACCGCCCAUUCAGUCCAAGCGGAGGAUGGAAUCAGGAAAUGGAUGCUCGAAGUGCAGAAGCGCCGAAAUUAGCACCGAGUGGUGGAUGGAAUCAAGAAAUGGAGGCCAGAAACGCAGAAAGUUCAAACUUAGGCCCAAGCGGAGGAUGGAGUCAAGAAAUGGAAGCUAGAAACUCCGAGAGCGCCAACUUUAGUCCCGGUGGAGGCUGGAAUCAAGAAAUGAACGCAAGAAAUGCCGAAAGCAAAAUUACUCCAAGUGGUGGAUGGAAUCAGGAAAUGAGAAGCGCGGAUGCAGCUAACUUGGGUCUUAGUGGAGGAUGGAAUCAAGAAAUGAACGCAAGAAACGCAGAAAAAUCGAGAAUUAUACCAAGCGGUGGAUGGAAUCCAGAAAUGAAUGCAAGAAACGCCGAUAAAGCAAUGUUCGCACCCAGCGGUGGAUGGAAUCAAGAAAUGGCGGCUAGAAAUGCAGAAAGCGCGAAGUUGAGCGGUGGAUGGAGUCAAGAAGCAGCAGCCAGAAGUGCCGAACCCGUUCCGAUCAUACCGUCGGGUGGAUGGGCAGCCCGAGAAGUCGAAAAUAGUCUGGAAGCAAAAUCGGCGGCUAGUGGGGGUUGGAACUCUGAAAAGGUGGCGGCUGAACAACAAAACAUCAUGCCGAGUGGUGGAUGGGAGCCGGAAACGGUAGCGCGCAACUCGGAGGCCGACAAAAAGGAGCACCUUCCGGCGGCUCCCAGCGGCGGUUGGAACCAAGAAGCGAGGAGUGCCCCUGAGGAGUCUAUGAGAUCUGGCGGAGGUUGGCAAAGUGACCCCGCGGCACGUGCAGCAUCCGAAAAGGACAAGAAGCCACUCAGCGGGAAUUGGAAUAGCGAAGCUGCCGCGAGGAACGCCGAAAUUAAAGACGAUGGACCCGAAAAGAUGCAAGCACUCUCUACUCAAUGGGGGCACUAAGAAAUGGAUUAAUUUCUUAAACAGCGCUCUUAUAUUUAUAGAUAAUUUAAUUAUGGAACUCCCACGACUUUGACUGCCUACGACUAUGGUACCGAAAUGUAAAUAUUUGUUAUUUUUAUAUGUUUGUAUUU